CGUUUUUGCGUCUGCGCGUCCAGACUUAGACUAUUUUUGUUUGUUUCAGGGUGGUGCAUAUUAACGACGCCGACGCCGAGAGCAUACGACGACAAACCACGAGCGGUCGUUGAGAGGGGCCGUAAGAGCAUCCGGAAGAGGGAGCGAUAUGAGCUCGCAUACACCGUAUCAGUAUUCUGGAUCCUUCUCCCAGCAUCACCCACAGAGUAGCUGGAAUCAGCAGCAGCAGCAGCCAUCGACUAGCUAUCACUCUUGGACGUCUUCUGAUUACCCUCCUCCUCAGCAACAACAACAACAACAACAACAGCAGCAGCAGCAGCAGCAGCAGUCGCAAGCCCACAACCUUGCACAAGCACAAUACCAUUCGCAACAGCAACAGCCGCCGCCAGUGCAAGAAGGUGCUGCCGCGUCUCGAAACGCGUUCAGGCAAAACUACCAGACCUCAAACCAGCUUCAGGGCCGCUCCGCCCAAGACGUCCAGGUCGCCGGUGUGCUCCAAGGCCUGCAUUGGCAGGGCGACUCCAGCUCGUCGUCUUCCACCGGGUCACGGGACACAUACUCCACGCUCGGGGGCCAGCAGCAGCAGCAGCAGCAGCAGCAGCAGCAGAAUCACAGCACGAGCAACACGAACGCGAGUGAUAGUGCACUCUGGGAAGGCGGUGGAGCGGGCAGCGGCAGCAGCAAUCAUCGCCAACAGCAACCGUCCUACCCUUCAGGUGUAUACUCGAACCAAUUCAGACACCUGACACCUUCCCCGUUAACCUCUUCCAGCGCUCCUCACGUAUUCGAGUCGCAGACGCCGGCAGCGUCCUCCACGUCACACAACGGUGCAAGGGCUUAUUACCCCGCGCAGUACAACGGCAACAACACGGACAGGCGAGCCGAGCAAAUGGUGCCGGCACAAGAACAGCAAAAGCAGCAGCCUUUUCACCAAAGCUACUAUCAGCAGCCACAUCAGCACCAGCAACAAGCGGCUCAGCAGGGCAGCGCCUCGUCCCGCUUGCCUGCAGAUGUCAUGAUGGUCGGCGGACCCAUGCUAGGCACGCCUAGGCAGAGCGGCCAUGCUCAGCCAAGCAGCGCCAGCAGCCCGGAAGGAGAGUCGGGAGCAGCUUCGAGCGGCAGGACUGCAUAUCCACAUGCAAAUGCAAAUUCAGGUGGAGCUACUGUUUCGCCUGGCGACCUGGCGCUUUACCAGUCGCAGCUUUCCUCCUCGGCAGCCGCGGCCACUGCGACUUCACCCGCAAAAAGUAAUGCCAUCUCCAACGUGACCAGAACGGCCAAGGGAUAUGCUUCCAAGCCGAUAACGGCAACAGCAGCGGCGACAACAACAACAACAACGGGUGGCGCUGCCCUGAUGGGAGGCUCAGAGACGGCGGCAGUCACGCCUGCGCUGAAACGCAAGCGUGGACGACCGAAGGGCUCGUUGAAAGCGCGUACCGAUGGCCAGCCGCCUUCUAGCAACGCAUCUGCAGCGCCAACAGCUCCUCACCUUGAUACUUCUGGAGCUCCGGCAAAGAGGGGACGAGGCAGACCUCGAAAAGUGGUCGACUCCAUCCCCAAGUUCGAUCUGCCCAAACAUCUGCUGACGUCGACCGGAGCCCCGCCAACUGCUACGGGAGCGACAUCGGCAAAAAAGAAGGGACGCCCUUCCAAAGCCAGUCAGGCAUCUGUGGUGGCUAAUGGAGCAAACGGCCAAGGCAGCUCACGCCCCUACAACGAAAGUGCCAUUGAAGCUGCGUCGAUCCAAGCAGCCAUCUCACAAGGCGCAUUUGCCAAUCCUCACUUUUUCGGGCAGGCACCUCAACACCCUCACCAGGCCCUUGGCCCGGGCUACCAGACGCCGCCGCCCAGGAUCGUAGAAAAGAUCGUGGUCAAAGAGGUCAAAGUACCCGUUGAAAAGAUCGUAUAUCGAGAUCGGCCACCAGUAGCCUCGCCUGCUGCGCUCAAGGGCGUGGAUGCAGAGACAAAAGCAAAGCUGCUGGCCAAGUUUGAUCAGCUGAGGACAUUUGGCAAUGGGCUCGAGUCAGAGGAGAUGCAGGAGGAUUUUGAUGGGCUUCUGCAGGAGGCAGUGAAGCUCGUGGAAGGUGGCUAGUGGGGAAGUGAGCGCAAGGAGGCGAGGGCGCCAUGAUGAAGGGCGAGAUAUAGAUAAUCAUACAAUACGACUGUGACGAUAACUCUUUCUGUAGCAUAAAUCAACGUCAGCGUGACGAUGG